AUGACAAACACUAGGGACACCUCCGAGAAAAACCUCCGAGCACGCCUACUGGCAGAGGGUUCACUACUCUCUGGUCCAUAUGAGGCAGCCGCUCAAGCGCUCAAGACGAAAUCUGCUAGUCCGCCGACACAACCCCCACUACCUGUUAGGAGUUCCAGUGCCGUUGAGAUUAGAACCGUCCGGAGACCAUCAAAGACUGACCAGACACCAAGACACCGGGUUUCCUCCAGCUCUUUACAUGUUGCAACUAUUGGGACAGUCACAGCUACAGCACGUGCAUCUAAAAUUAGUGCACCAUCUGGGAGAGACUCAUCCCGAUUGAGAGUGGUAGUGGUCUCUUCUUCAUUACCAUCACAAGAUCCGGGCGGAGACAUAGAUUCAGAGUGGUUAUACAUAACAGAGCCUCCCUCAGACAAGAACUCUGUAACACGAGAUCCAACUUUAGGUGACGGAAUGCAAGGUUCAUCAAAGCAAGCAGCCAGCCAGCAGAGCCACUCUCUCGCUCCAAGUGAGGUGAAGUCCCAUGCGAUUGCCCAGCAGGCGCGGAGCGUCUCAAAGGCUCGAGUGCAUUUCCACCCCUUGACAAGAAAACAUGACGGCCCAAUCCCUUUGACAGAAACAGGGACAGAUGCAAGUACACCUUCACUACAGGAGAUGCCUGGGAUUCAAGCUGGUGAUAGACCAACACACUUAACCAGUCGUAAUGAAAGUGGACAACGAAGUACGGCGAAGUUAGACGGAGUUAGGCUAAGUUGGGACAAUGGAAGCAGAAGUGCGGCGAUGUUAGGCGGACGUAGUCGGAGGAGGAGGAGGAUGGCCGGGGACUCGGGGAAGUUGGACGAAGUGCGCUGA